CCGCCCCUGCUAUGUAAUCUGGCGCGCUAACUACGCCCAGUGUGUUCGUUCUUUCUACAUUGCGUGACAGUGAUCAGCUGCUCUCCCUGCUGUCUAAUGCCUGGAUUGCGGGAGGCCGCUCCUGUAAUGGCCGAGGAGUUGGAGGAACACUCUCAGAGUUGGCUAACUGGCUGGAUUCCAUCGUGGUGCCCAACAUCCAUGUCCAAACUAAAAGCUGUUGAGUCAAGGAUCCUUCAGUGUAUCAAGAACAGAUUUUCUGCUCAGUAUGUAUCACUUCCUGGCCAAAACAAGAUAUGGACACUGACUGUGAGCCCCGAGCUUCAGGAUAAGACCCCUCUGGUUAUGGUUCAUGGCUUUGGAGGAGGUAUAGGGUUGUGGAUCCAGAACUUAGACCACUUGAGUUCUCGCCGGACUUUGCAUGCCUUUGACUUGUUGGGAUUUGGACGUAGCUCCCGUCCAAACUUCCCUAGUGAUCCGGAAGGAGCAGAGGAACAGUUUGUAUCAUCCAUUGAACAAUGGAGAGAGCAAAUGGGAAUUAGAAACAUGAUUCUCCUAGGGCACAGUUUGGGAGGAUUCCUGGCUGCCUCUUAUUCCAUAAAAUUCCCUGAGAGAGUUAAACACCUCAUUCUUGUGGAUCCAUGGGGUUUCCCUGCUAUGCCUACAGACCCCAGUGAAAUCCGUUCACCCCCAACAUGGGUAAAGGCUCUGGCCGCUGUGCUUGGGCGCUCCAACCCUUUGGCAGUUGUAAGGGCAGCUGGACCAUGGGGUCCAGGAUUGGUUCAGAGGUUCCGUCCAGACUUGAAAAGAAAAUUUCAAGAGUACUUUGAAGAUGACACCAUUAUGGAAUAUAUCUACCACUGCAAUGCCCAGACACCCAGUGGUGAAAGUGCUUUCAAGACCAUGAUGGAGAGGUUUGGUUGGGCCAAACGUCCUAUGAUGUCCAGAAUUAAUCAGAUCCCUAAAGAGCUUCCCAUAACAUUCAUCUAUGGAGCAGAGACUUGGAUUGACAGCAGCUCUGGAGAGAGGGUGAAAGAGGAGCGGUCAGGCUCAUGUGUGAAAUCAUUGGCAAUCAAAGGAGCCUCCCAUCAUGUAUAUGCCGAUCAGCCAGGCAUGUUCAAUUCUGUUGUGGAAGAUAUCUGUGAUGCAGUUGACUGAGAUUGCCCUCUGGAGAAUAGAAGAAAGGCAUUGGCUUGGUGUCUGCUAUGUAAAAAGAGACAUUAAGAGCCCUAUGUUAAAAAAGGGCAGUUAAAACUAAGUUUGAUCCUUUUGAUUGGCUGCAGAUUGAAAAGUAGAUUAGAUUAGAUUAUAUUAUAUUUGCCAGAUAAUUCUAAUUGCACAUCUUAUAUUUUAUAUUAGAUUUCAGGCCCUAGUGCUGGCUAUCCUUCUCCCUAAGUACAUGCACUUAGGCUUUCUCCAAAGCAAUUAUAUUGUUUAUUUACUCAAUUUCUUACACAGUAAGAAAAAGGAGUUUAUCAAGAAUUAUUAGCAUUUAGUGCCUUAAUAUUUGAACCCACCUUCCAGGAAUUGUCUUUGCUUACAUAUAUGUAUGACUGAAGGGUUGAUAGGUUGGGCACAAUUAUUUUCUGAUCAAGCAGUCUUUAUUCUUACUGCACAGCAUAGAAAUUUCUCACACCCUCUUUCCAUCGAUUUAAAUCUGACCAAUGUCAGACUUCUCCCACCCUUUCGAUGAAGCAAAAAAAGCACAAGACCAUGUCUAUGUUACUGUAUGGGCUUUGGAUAAGACGUUGUGUGGCCUUUGUGCUCUUGCCUCCUGGAAAAUGAUAUAUCUGAUUGACAUAACUAUUGUUACAACUACCUCUGCUAUAAAGCAACAUUCAGAUUCAUUUGUUGUUGUAUUUAAUUAUAGGUUUCAUGUAUUGGUGAAACAUGGUGCCAUUUUGCAUGACUUCAUACAUGGGAGUACUAAUCUUGAUAGAUUACAUGUAUUCAAAAAAAGAAUAAACCUUCCAUCCAUGUAACGGCACUUGCCCAUAAUAACAUUUAUGGUGCUGACACCUCUGGUUAUUUAUUGGAAUUACCCUAAAGUAGUUUGCGCACUUGUUUUCUAAGAAAUGUAUAAACUAUACAUUCUAUUAAAUGUACACUAUAUAUUAAAAUUUCAUAUUCUUUUGUUUAAAAUGUUGUGAUGCAACACUGAUCAUUUUGUACCUGUGUCGCCUUCACAGAUGAUAAUUUUAAGACCCCUUGAAUUGCCAUUGGAUAAAAAAAUCCCUGCUUACGGCAUCAAUGGAACAACGUAUAGAAAUGGGAAACAACUUCAGUCAAUCAAAAAUUGGGAAAAAUAUAUCACACAAUUAAUAAAGCCAAAUCAUUAUCUAUUUUCUUAAUUAAUUAAAAUACAUUAUUUUGUUAACUAAUGUUGUUAUUGCUAAAUCCGUAAUAACCUGACUUAAAAAAACGGUCGCCUUUUUAGCUUUUUCUUUUUUUUUUGGAGUCAGAAAUUAUACUGGCAGUGUCCAUAUCCCAGAAUCCCACUGUGGUGUGAUUAAGCUGUCACGUGCCUUGUAUAAAAAGGAAGUGCUAUACCCUAAAUUGCAUAAAACGUUAGUUAGAUUUUGCAUCCACAUCUUAGAUUGCUGAGGUUUAUAGAUAAUUAGUCCAAGUGAUAAAGAAUCAAUUUUCCAUGGCUUUUUCCAAACAUUGCUUAUCUGAUAAGCCAUUUUUGUCACAUUGAUGCAAUGCUACUGACAACUGUAAAUGAGAGUAAAUGCUUUUGUAUCCAGCUGAAACGAGAUGCAUUUGUGGCUUUGUGUAUCUUGUAUUUUUGUAAAUUACUUGUUAGUGGCUUGUAGGUUAUGCAUUUGACUGUUGCUUUGAUUAUUAAUGUUUAUACCGAUCUGUCAUUUGAUCAUUUGUUUUGUAUUGUGAAAAGUGUAAUUUUCUUAACUAGUAAGUGGAAAUAGGAAUAUAUUCCUUGGUGCACUGAUUAAAAGGCUGAUGCUGAAAUAUAAAUCCUCUACUGAUUGACCCCCCUAUAAAUAUUUUCAAAAUCUACCCAUGUGAUUAGUGUAGACUGUGUUUUAAUGUUAUGCCAAAUCAAAGGCAAGACACAAAGUGCAAGGCUGUAGCCGCAUAGUAACUGUUUGCAUAAUGUCUGGCAUAGGCAUGUAGUAUGUUUAUUUCCCCACUGUGUCCUCCACCUAUUGGAGCUCCAUAGCUUGCACAUCUGAAUGUAGCAUCCUUGAAUACAGUGCUGUCUGCAAUCAGCAGCACUGUAUUCAUGGGGGAGGUGCAGGUUUUUGCAUCCCAUCCAGGAGUGCAAAGACCUGCAUCUAUAGGUGUUAAGUGAUGAGUAGGGAGCAAGUGCAAAAAACAUGGAGGAUUGCACUCAUUUUUUUUUGCACUUUGCAUCUUGCUAAAUAAGCAUUCUACAUAUACCCAACUUUUUGAUACUAUAUUGUGAUAAUCUGGAGUACUGAUGUAACCACUACCUUCAGCCAUUUAAAGCCUUACACCACCCUCUGCCCAGGAUUUAGACAACAGGACUAAUGACUUUUAUAUAAUAGGUACGCCUGGACUGUGGCUGUUUGAGUGCCAUUAACAUCUUUACUUUAGUAUCAGCUACCAAGUGUUUAUAUGUUUGUGUUCAAGAAUCUUGAAGACUUGUUAAUGAUGCCAAGAAAACUAACCAAUUUAACCUAUCUGUUUAAUGUAAAUAAUAUGAUUGUCGGCAGCACCAGAGAAAUGAACCACAUGUGUACACUACCUCUGUGCUAUGUCAAAUAACUGUAAUGGCAGAUUAGAGAAAUAUGCAGUCAAUGACCCAG